AUGGGCUUUGGGCUGUAUAACGCCCCGGCAACGUUUGCCCGAGCCAUGAACUUGGUUUUGAGAGGGUUAACGUGGAAUGUGGCACUGGCAUUCUUGGAUGAUAGUUUGGUCAUGGGUAAGGACCAGAGGGAUCAUUUGACUAAUUUGCGGUCAGUCUUUGACAGAUUUCGUGAAUAUGGUCUGAAGUUCAAACCCAAAAAGUGUGAAUUGUUUCAAACAAAGGUGGAAUUUCUGGGUAGAGUGAUAGGUCCCAACGGGGUAGAGAUGGGCACUGGAUAUGUCGACAGUGUUCGGGAGUGGCCCAUACCCCGGUGCACAAGGGAGGUAGAAAGUUUUUUGGGCUUUGCCAUUUACCAUCGCAAUUUCAUAGCUAACUUUGUUGAAAUAGCAGUCGCCUUGUACGAGAUCACGGGUAAAAAAGCAUUUAUGUGGGGACCUACCCAGGAGGCGGCUUGGGUUAAGCUAAAAGAGGCAUUAGUGUCUACUCCGGUGCUAACGUUGCCCAACAAAGAUGACCCAUUCAUUCUUGAUACGGAUGCGUCGGACAAGGCAAUAGGGGCAGAGUUGUUUCAGCUGCAGAACGACACUGAGAGAACGGCUGCUUAUGCCAGCUGUAGCCUCACCUCGGAACAGAAAAAGUACUGUACUACCCGGAAAGAACUGUUGGCGGUGGUAAAGUUUACCCGUCAGUUCCGCCACUAUCUGCUGGGUAGGAGGUUCUUAGUAGUACCCAGUGAGGCAGAAUUGCUUCUGGGUGACCGUGAAUCAACGUGCUAUUGGAUUAACCAGGACACGUUUCAUUUAGAUGAACGUGGGGUCCCGUACAAACGGAUUGAGGAUGAUUCUGGGAGCAGAGAACUGCUAGUUGUACCCCAUUCUUUGCGACGGGAGUGGCUCAGGGUAAAUCACGAUAUUCCAGCAUCGGGACACCAGGGCAUGGAACGUACCAAAUGUAGGAUGCGUGCCAGGUAUUACUGUUACGGUAUGACUAGGGCUGUAAAAAACUUUGUGUUUACCUGUGUACAGAGCAACCGUUGUAAGAAGGGUAAUAGGAAGGCGAGAUGUCCCAUGAAACAGUUUCAUGCGGGGGUCCCUAUGGAGAGAGUACAUCUUGAUUUCCUGGGACCAUUACCUAAGACUGAAAAUGGUAAUGAGUAUGUACUCAUGGUGGUAGACCAGUUUAUCAAGUGGGUAGAGUGCAUACCGUUGGCAUCCCAGACCGCUGAGGUGACAGCAAGGGCAGCUAUCAAUGAAUUUUUCUCGAGAUUUAGCUACCCUUUUGAGAUAUUUACUGAUCAGGGGAGACAUUUUGAGUCGGAGCUAUUUCAAGAGGUGUGUAAAUUGCUCCAUAUUCAUAAGGCACGAACCACACCCUACCGUCCUUCUGCCAACGGACAGGUCAAACGGUACAACCGUACACUCAUGGAUGCCAUUCGAUGCUAUAUUAACAAAUCUCAAAUUCAGUGGGAUGAUAACCUGGCUCAGUUGGCAGGGGCUUUACGCUCUGUGGUAAACCGCCACUCAGGUUACACUCCUAAUCACCUUAUGCUGGGUAAGGAGGUCAAUCAACCUGCAGAUCUCAUGUUCAGGCCUCCUGAUGGGGCACAUGUUGAUGAGUAUGUGGCCCAGCUUGAAGAAUCCAUCAGGGGUGCACAUGAAUACUCUAGGGAUAAGUUGGGCGAGUCCCAUAAAGAAUGA